AUGCCGCCAACCGCACGCAACUACUCCCGCACCUGCAAUUCUACCCGGGGUGCUCCAGGGCGGCGUGCCACGGCCGAUGGGGGCAGCGGAGGCGACGGAGGCAACGUGGUGGUGCGCGCAGUGGCCAACAUGAAGAGCCUGGCGGGCGUGCGCCAGCUGUACAAGGCCCCGCCCGGGCUACACGGCACGAAGCAGCGGCAGCACGGCCGCGCAGGCAGGGACGCGGUGGUGCUGGUGCCGGUGGGCACCGUGCAGGACCCGCAGCAGCAGUACCAGCUGCUGGCAGACCUGGUGGAGGACGGGCAGGAGGUGGUGGCGGCCCGGGGCGGCCGCGGCGGGCGCGGCAACGCCGGCCUCAAGGCCACGCCUAGCCGCCCUGCUCCUGCCGAGCCGGGGCAGGGUCUCCCCGGGGAGGAAGUCCGCCUGCUGCUGGAGCUGAAGCUUCUGGCGGAUGUGGGUCUGGUGGGCCUGCCCAGCGCGGGCAAGUCCACGCUGCUGCGUGGCCUGACGGCGGCGACGCCGCGCGUGGGAGACUACGCCUUCACCACGCUGUCGCCGCAACUGGGGGUGUGGACGGCGCCCGACCCAGCAGAGGAGCCCAUAGUGGUAGCAGACAUCCCGGGGCUGAUAGAAGGGGCACACCAGAACCGCGGGCUAGGCCAUAGCUUCCUGCGCCACAUCGAGCGCACCAAGGUCAUCGCCUAUGUGCUGGACUGCCAGUCCGGCAACGGAAGUGAGUCACUGGACACCCUGCAGCGCGAGCUGGCCGCCUAUGCCCCCCACCUCUCCCGCCUGCCCGCCCUGGUGCUGGCCAACAAGCUGGACGCGGUGCGCUCGCCGAUGAAAACGCUGGAAGCGCUG